AUGGAUGUGAAGGCGAAGAACAAGGGGCUGAUCUUGAAAACGUGGGAGCGGUGCAAGUCGAUCGGGCGAGGGCGGAGAAGCUCGGCGUCGGGCGGAAUAAAGCGGUUCCUGACGAGGAAGACGAAGUCGUGGCCGCGGCUGGAGGCGGAGGAGGCGGCGGAGGAGAAGCGGAGGCGGCGGAGAGUGGCGCCGGAAGGGUGUUUCACGGUGUACGUCGGAGCGGAGAGGCAGAGAUUUGUGGUGAAAACAGAGAGCGCGAAUCAUCCUCUGUUCAGAAUGCUGCUGGAGGAGGCGGAGGCGGAGUACGGGUUCAACAGCCAGGCGCCGCUGUGGCUGCCGUGCCACGUCGACAGCUUUUACAGAGUGUUGACGGAGAUGGACGCCGCCGAUCUCCGCCGUGGGUACCCUAAGCGACUUGGAUCUUAUCACCAACUCAGCCCCCCUUCUUCCCUCGCUCUAAAUCACUUCCAAUUCUAA